CACCGUUGUGUGAAAUUUUUUUGAGAGAGUUCUGGGUUGGAGAAAAUUGACACAGUGCCAGGGAUGAAAAUCUAAGUUUUUUCGAUAGUCUGCCUUGAUAGGCCGAGAACAACUUUUUCUACAUAAAGGUGGAAGACUAAGGAAGGGUCUUCAAACAAAUUUCACGAAGAGAGUGUGAAAGAAAUGUCAGGACAGCCGCCUCAACGAGUUCGUCGUAAUGUGUCCCCGGCAUCAACAAAGCAAGGACCGAUAAAAGCUGUUAAGACAUUCACUCUGAAACAAAAAAGUCCAACACGCAGCUUAAAUGCAUCUCCUACACCAAGCAGUCACAAAAUAUGGAGUCGAAAAUCCCCAGACCAUCGAGCGUCUCCAGAGCGAAAAAGUCCAAGCUCGCCCAGAGAAAAGUCAAAAUCACAUCGUCAGAGCCCUGUGCCCAGCUUGUGGCGAGCCAGUUCCCUGGACACGAUCUACCUUGCUGGCCAGUGGCCCAAAGAUCCACAUUCCUACAGCUCUCACAAUCUGGGGGUGCUCACAUGUGACAAAUUUACACAGACUCCUGAUGAGUGGGAGUCGGUCAGCAGCCUUGACAGGAAGAAGGAUAAGGGGCACAAGAGAUCAGCAUCAUUUGGUCAGGGAGACCAACUUAAGGUGCUGAUAAAACAGCGACUACAGCGAACGAAAGAAGGCAGCAAGGAGAAGGAAUGGAGCAAACAGCGCCAGAGUCCAGUGCAAGGCAAACACUCUGCCCUCUCCCUCACGGCACCACCCACUGUCUUCAGCCAGUCAAAAGCUAUUGGCAUACCCACUAACAUUCCUAAAACAAACAUGUCGAAGUACCAACGCAACAGUGUAGAAGGACUAAAUACAGAAAUUGAAAAACUUGUUCUGAACAACCCAGCCGCCAUCGAACCUGAAGAAUCAGAACUAAAAGUACAUUCUCAUCCCGAGAUCCCUGAUGGUCACAGAGCUCCGAUUCCUGACAUUAUCCGAAUUGGCUCAACACGUUCAGUGAACACACAGACACCAUCAGGACAGGUGGACGAGCCGUACACCACCACCAGCAGUGGGAGUCGUGCCGACUCCAUCAGUCCUGCCAUACCAAUCAUUCCUGGUCACAUGGACACCUCCCGGCCCUCCAGUCGGUCCGAGUCAACAGACAGCAAGUCUUCCGACAAAGCAGGUGAAGCUGAAGACUCCCCAGAACCCUCAAUCACAAAAUUUGUUUCAAGCCCCAAAGCAGAGAAAUGCGACUUUGUCCGAGAGCCUCCAGAUGGGUGUGAGAAGGUGCGAGUCAUUGAGGAAUCCAGAAAACCUAGCAUCAAAGAGUCUCUAUUCUGUCCAGUAAAGCCAAAUCAGUUCAUUUUCAAGCAGAGUCAGAGCUCUGCUUUCUGCCCCCUGAUCAGAAGUUACUGCAGUCCCACACAGGACAUAGGCCUCAACACCGUUCCACCAGUAGCUCCACCACCAACGCCCCCUACAAUAGAAGGGCAGUAAACAGGGGGGAUAAUCUCAUUUCACUGUGCCAUUACCAGACUACCUGGAAAUAAGUCAUGUCACCCAAGGAGUGUUCCUAUAUUUAAAUAUGACCACUGUUUGUUUUUCCUUUGUUACUUCUUAUUUCGCAUACAUAUAUAUUUUGAUUGACAAUGAGUUGCAAAACAUCACAAAGAAAAGAGUCACAAUUAUGUUUAUUGUUGGUAUACAAAUCUAUAUGCCUGGAUUGUGGCAUGAUAUAAUUAUUAUAUGCUCUCUUCACAGAGCUUGAUAUGUAUUCUUGUAUUAUACUGACUGUCUCAUUUCAUUCUAUGUGUAUUGAUUGAGAAAACUUGCAUUGGGAUCAUCAGCUGAAUUAUGCACGUCCACGUAUCUUGCUAAAUGUUUGAUGAGAUAAAUGUUCAUUCCAUUUUGUAGAGUUUCACAAAAAAUGGCUCAGACUAUGGUAUACUCUCUCCAAAAAGUAGAAAAUGUAAACAUAAGGAAAGUGAUUCGUUCACAUGUGGCCACUUAUGAUCGCAGUCUAACCACACCUGUGGGUGUCCUGGUGGCCAAACGUGUGAUGCAUGUGCAUUUAAUACGCUGUUGUUAGUGAGUUAAAAUUGUGUUGCAUAAGCAUUAUUUCCGCCAUAUAGCAAUUUAAUAAACUGUGACAUGCGUAUGAUCAGUAAGAUUGCACUUUUGCAUAUUCUUUCACCUUUGCAAUUUUAGACUGAAGCAAUAUGUUUCUUCAUUUUAGAUGAGCAAGUCUACUGAAAUGCUUUGUGUGUAUUUUAAGUUGAAAUAAUAGUAUGUUUUCAGUGUGAAUGAAAUUCAGUAUCCUUAAUACUUUGUUAUAUUUCUUGUUAAAAUUGUAUAUGUAUAUACAUAAUUAUAUAUCCUUGUAUCUGUGUGGCUCUCAUAAUGUUAUUUUGAUCUGCAGCGUUUUUGUUUUUAGAGACUGUUUAGUGGUUAUUGGAAUCUAACUGGUUAUUGGAACUGGCAAUUUUAAUGAGUCACUUGGCCUUAUGAUUAGACACUUUUCCCUGGAUUUGAGGUAAUCGUUGAUGAUGGAAUCCUGAAUGCCUAAGUUACCAUUAAUACUGACUGAGUAAUUGGACAAAUCUGAUGGAAGUCGUUCAUAUAUUAUAUCAGCACUGCUUUCAUUAAUUUGAAGUCUAAAAAUGUUCAAAAUUAUGCACCUGAUAUGACAGAUCCCAGGGUACCUAAGCAGUUAAUCAAACAGUCUAGUGGCAGUUUGUCCCCUUUCUAAUGAGGGUUUAAACUUGAGGUAAACAUUCACUGUUCGUUUUCAAUUAAAAUAUUUUCUAAAACUAUGCGUAUGUGCCAAUGUUGAUAAGAUACAAGUUUGUUCACACUGGUAUGAUAUAUGAAUUACCUUACUGGUUGUCACUGAUAAUCAUGUUAUCAUUGUUUUACUAUGUUUUGAUGAAGAAUACAAAAAACUGUUAUUCUUUUGCUGAAACGCCUAGGUUAUUGGUCACAAUGUUACCAUUUAGGGCUUUUUUUGUGUGCUCCUUGUUCCCAAGUAUUAUCAUUCAUAAUGGCAUUCACCUAAGUCAUUUGUAUCUGUUCUAUAAUCAAACUGGUAUUUGAAAUGUGUAAUCCACUUUUGAAAUUAGUCUACAAGAAUAUUUGCUUUGUGGACCAAAUUGAUUAAGUUUGUUGACACAUAUUAACAUUUUGUUUGUGGUGGCUGACUUUUACACUGAUAUUUGGCUGUCUCUCCUCAUGGUGGCAAAGUACAAUACACAGAGGUCAACCUAUUUCCUAGUUGUGGAGCUUUGUCAAAGAAUUACUCAAACUAUGAGUCAGUGUGAACCUCCUGGUAUUUGGGUUUAAAGACAAAAAGUCAAUAUUCUUCUAGAUCUAUAUUGUCACAACUAAUGUUUGUUCCACUGACUCAGGUUGGAGCUUCCAUUAUGUCUGCACUCAAAUAACAGUGAAUAUUUCCAGUUUAACCUUCAAUUCAUUGGAACAGAUCUGAACUGAAGUUGACUUUACACAUUCCUACAUAGUUUUAUUUGGAGAUUAUGAUUCCAUUGAAUGAUCAAGGCCUGUAAUUUACCUGCAGUGAGGGAAUUGCUUUGUUGAAAAGUGUCCAACAACAGGGUCAAAUAGAACAAUGUUAAGGUCAUUCACUGAGUUUCUUGCUAUAGGUCAGAUGAUUGUGAACUUUUGAUGGGUCCAAUUGUCUCUUUACCUGUAUCGAAAGCCCUUUAACAAUAGUAAAAACUUCGUCAGCGUCCAAUCUUGUUCAAGCCGCCGACCUGGUGACACAUUGUUUGUAGAGGAGUCCAGCAGACUUCUGGGUUUUCCCCUCAACAUUCCAUGAUGCUCUUUUGCAGUUGUUACGCAUCCACCCAAAGGAGGAGAGAAAAAUGUGUUCUCUUGCUGUGUUUUCGCUGUUUGGUGUACGGGAACAAAUAUUUUCGCCGAAACAUGUUCUUGCCUAUCCUGGAAAAGGCAGCUAAACAUUGCACGAUAAGGAUCCAUCCUGAGUAAAGCAAUGAUUAUCAGCGUCCUACAAGCCUGUAGGAACAAUCGCACAAUGACAAAGCUUGCGUAUGUGUAAAUACAGAAAGCUAAACCUGAAAAAAAAUUUGCAAAAUCAAAUUGUAACGGAUGAUGCACGGUUUAUUGUGCAAUGUAUAAGUUUUUCUGUAGACACCACUAUUAGAUGUUGGCAGUGCAGAACUGGACUGGUUUUUAACGAAUCUCAGACAUGCAUUUAAAUGGACUGACCCUUGUGGCAGUCACAUGUAUCAGUUUUCCUUCCAUGAGGUUUUGACAUUUCUGUCAGUUUUGUAUAUAGACAGUAGGUGAGCAACGAGAGGCCUCUCUGCUUUCUGAAUGUCGUUGCCAGCCAUGCUAGUUGUUGGAGCAUGGCUGAGGUAGCUCUUGUGCCCAGCGCAUUUAGAAUCCGAAAAUCUUUCGUUAUGAAAUUUAUAGGAGAAAUCCUACAAAAAGUGUUCAGCAUUUGUUGGGACUGAAAAACUUGAUAUAUCCAUUAUGUGAUGGACCUGAUGCAUUUUAUGCAACAAAGGGAGUCGACUUUGUCUUUCUGAUUUUCAUGCUUAACAUGAAGUUAGUGUUAAUCACAAUUUAGAGUUUUUUAUUAGCAUGUUGCUAAUAACACAAGACAAUGUAAAUUGUUAACAAGUCCAAUUUGAAAUACCAAAGCAAUAUUUGUGAACGCAUGUAUAGUUAGUGCUAUUUAUUGGCUUGUAAUAAGUGGAGCCCAAAUAUUGAAUGACCCACUUGCAUCUGCAUACAUGUUAGCUAAUCUUUGGUCACCAACAGUAAACAGACACACUAUUUAGUAUGAUUUUGAUGAAAUAAUAUUGAUUUGUUCAUUGGCUGUAAUAUUAUCAAGACCUGUUUGAAGUAAAAGCAAAUGGUUGUUAAUAUUUCCACAUGAGCAUAUUUGGUUCCUGUUUCAAGUCAAAUAUCAGACUUUCAUCCCUGAGAGCCUCCUUUUAAUCCUCAUACAUCAGUUUAGAGCCACGCUCUGUUUUGAUAAGCCAAACAUAAACGUCAAAAUCGUUUUGUAGGUAAUCUAAAAUUGGAAGAAAAUCUAGUGUUAUAUUUAAGCAGAUAACUAAUGACUGAAAUGGGAUAUUCGGCAUACUGAAAUAAUUGGACUUGCUUGAAGAAUCAGAAAAGUACAUGAAAAUGAUAUUGCACCAGUAAACCGUUUAAUUGUAAAUUGUAAACAAUAAUCAAAAUAACUUUCUCAGACUGUUGGAGACCACGGAACUGACUCUGUAUGCAAAAUGUACAAAGUUUGUAGUUAAUGAAAGACUUGUAUACCUUGUGUAAGUUAUUUCAAUUAAUAUUGACUGGUAGAUGUAAUUUAUUAUCUCUAUUUUCACACUUUGAAUGGUACAUUUAACUGUGGUUGUCCCUCCGCCUAUAUGCAGGCUAUGUCCAUACCGGCACGUCCAUCUUGGAUAUCAUUAAGUGCUAUUCUUGGAACAUAUCAGUCAUGAAGGAAGAAAUGUCUAUUUUAGUGAUACAUAGUCAGUCAAUUUGAUACAAAUCAAACUGUAAAAUGGCAGAUAUGUAAUUAUUUUGGUGUAUUUUCCUCCGAGGUGUUUCAGAGCUGCAGGCUCCCACGUACUUAGAGUUCUGUCCUUUAAACCUAGAGUAUGUUUCAUUUAGAAAUAAAAGUUUAUCUUUUGUACAACA